AUGGAGCUGCGGUCUCGUCUCGGGGCCACCUGUUUGCUGGGCUUCAGUUUCCUGCUCCUCAUCACCUCUUCUGAUGGACAUACUGGGCUUGGAAAGGGUUUUGGGGAUCACAUUCAUUGGAGGACACUAGAAGAUGGAAAGAGAGAAGCUGCUGCCAGUGGCUUGCCUCUGAUGGUGAUUAUCCAUAAAUCCUGGUGUGGAGCUUGCAAAGCUUUAAAGCCCAAAUUUGCAGAAUCUACAGAAAUUUCAGAACUUUCCCAUAAUUUUGUUAUGGUAAAUCUUGAGGAUGAUGAGGAACCAAAGGAUGAAGAUUUCAGCCCAGAUGGGGGUUAUAUUCCACGAAUCCUUUUCCUGGAUCCCAGUGGCAAGGUGCACCCGGAAAUCAUCAAUGAGAGUGGAAACCCCAGCUACAAGUAUUUCUACAUCAAUGCAGAGCAAGUUGUUCAAGGAAUGAAGGAAGCUCAGGAGAGGCUGACAGGUGAUGCCUUCAAAGAGAAACAUCUUGAAGAUGAGUUGUAA